GAAUAAAUAGUCAACCAACUUCAGCCACGGUCCAAUGUUAUGAUUCCAUUCCCAAUGAACAGAAACAAUCCUCGAUUACUUCAUGGCGAGUGGAUCGCUAAUUCGCAAGAAAAAGAACUAUAAACAGCGAACGAUUCUCUACCCAUCCCCUCCAAUGGCCUCCCGCCCUAACCCUUGUUCAUACUUCCAUAAAUCCUCUCUCCUUCUUUCCCUUUUCUUGCUUCUCUCCGUUAUUGUUCUAUUGGGCAUUUCGUCCAACAUUCGGACCAAAUUCAUCCAUGAUGAUUCCUUUCCCAAAAUCUACACGAUCCAGGUGGUCAACGAGUUUCCUCACGAUCCUGAUGCCUUCACUCAGGGGCUUCUUUAUGCAGGAAAUGGCACUAUAUUUGAGUCAACUGGCCUUAAUGGAAAGUCAUCAGUUCGGAAAGUAGCUCUUCAGACUGGGAAGGUUGAGGCUAUUCAUAAUAUGGAUUAUUCUUACUUUGGGGAGGGUUUAACUCUUCUUGGUGAAAGGCUGUUCCAAGUAACGUGGUUGAAGAAUACUGGUUUCAUAUAUGACCGAAAUAAUUUGAGCAAAUUUGAAAAAUUUACGCAUCAAAUGCAAGAUGGUUGGGGUCUGGCAACUGAUGGAGAAGUCUUGUUUGGAACUGAUGGGACUUCAACAUUGUAUCUGAUCAACCCUCACACAUUGAAAGUCAUAAGAAAAGAUAUUGUUAAAUAUAAUGGUGAUGAAGUACACAACCUCAACGAACUGGAGUUUGUUGACAGAGAAGUAUGGGCCAAUGUUUGGCAGACAGACUGCAUUGCUAGAAUCUCGCCUGAGGAUGGUACUGUGCUUGGAUGGAUUCUCCUUCAAAAUUUAAGGGAAAAAUUGGUAGCAGCUGGGAAUUAUGGUGUUGAUGUUUUGAAUGGCAUAGCCUGGGAUAGCGAGGAAAAGCGUGUUUUUGUAACUGGAAAACUUUGGCCAAAGCUUUAUGAGAUCAAGUUGCAUCAAGCAAAGAAACGAUUUAAAAGUGGAGUUAUUGAGCAGCUGUGCUUGCGGAUGCCAUUCCAUUUUGCAAAGCCAUAGACAAACGCACCCGUGAAGAUCUUCACAUGCUACGUUGGGAGGCUGGGCCUGGGGUGAUGCUCUUCUUAAAGACCCCUGCAGUUUUGAAUUGAUAUAAAGGCAUCCCUCUUAUAAAUUUGGUCAAAGCACAGUUCAUUGGGGAAUAUUGCUUUACUGUUGUAAUAGAACGGUUCAUGUAGCAAGGAUUUGGAUCCAAGUUU